UGGGUUGACCGAUGAUGGGUUGACCGAUGAUGGGUUGACCGAUGAUGGGUUGACCGAUGAUGGGUUGAUCGCCGAUAGUGUAAGCGAAGAUGAGCAUGCCCUUGCCUCAACCAGCGAGGCGAGCCCGGUGGACAACCAAGAUGACUGCACUUGGGAGUACAAUUACUCAGAAAAUGAUUUUCACCCUCCUAGGAAGCAGGCCACGAAAGUGGAGAGCUCAGAUGCAAGAGCCAAGCGGCUGGCUGCUGUCUAGAGACAACGGCUCUAUCACAAAAAGUGGAGGGCCAGAAUGUCACCGGAACAAGUGCAGCGCUUCCACGUAAGAAAACAGGAAUACCAGCGGAAUAGGCGCAAGAACAACCCUGGGAUUGAUAAGAGACUAAAUGAAGCACGCUCUGAAGAUAAUAAAAGGAAUGUGCGCGAUCGCAGAGCUGCCUAACAGCGGAAGCGAAGAGCUAAAGGAAAGCAAUCCUUGCCAGAAAAGAAGCCAGUGCCCGCGAAGAAUGUUCGAAGAAAUACUCGACGAAAGAGCAGAGAGCAGCGGAUCCGGACUUCAGGGAGGAGUCGAUGAGAUACCAGCGCAUCACAAGGGCAAUAAAGAAGCUUGUAGACGCCAGGGUGAGAAAGUCGGACGACGAGAUCAAACAGGCAAUCCUUUGUUUAGCGAUUGCCGAGGUCGAAUAUCACGAAAUGAAUGAGCGGCUGGGCAUACUCAGCACAUGUCCGCCAUCGAAGGAGGAAUUCGAUCUGGUCAUGAGGCAUCGGGAGGAGAAAGUCCAGCAAGAGCCCAGGAAGGAAGAAAGAGGCAUUUGUCUACAGCCUCUGCACGUCGGUUCUUGGUACCUGAGGUCAUUAGUUUGCUCGUUUCAUUCCCACAACCAUAUAUUUCCACGUCCAGUUAGGUUAACUGUUUCUAUGGAUAUCUUGACUCAUGACCAUACCGAAAGGAGGCUUAAGUAUUUCUGGUCAUGAUCGUGUGUACAAGCUCUGAUAUAAUUGUUGACAGCUAUUGACAUAUUUCCAUUCACCAGGCUUUUAUACCAACGUAUAGAUAAUAGUGGCUUUGAGUGGUUCAAUGACCGACUAUAUAGGUUGAGAAAUAGGGAUAUAUUGGCUACAAAUUUAGUUGCU